AAUAAUUUCAAAAUACAACCAUUCCGUAAAAGCACGAAACUAUAUGAUUCACGACAGAGACCGGCCAAGCGAUGCUAUAUAGCAAUUAAUUGAUCACAUGUAUUAUAUGCCGAUAAGAUUUUUUGUUGAUUUUUUGACCGCGAUGGCCGUGACAGGAAAUGACGUUUAGUGUGAAACUUGACCCUGAUCCGACAGAAACCAGGCAGUACUAUACUUCUUUAUCGAUUUUGUCCCGAGCCACACACCGCUUCGGUGCGGCUGGCGCUGUCGUGAUGAGCCCCUCGGUGCCUUGCUGAGUUCCCGAGCUGUCCAGUCGGGACCACCGUAACCGCCAUGGCCUCCCCCUAUCCCCGGUGCACAUCUGUCAGACUCCCUGCUCUGACCGCGGCUGUCGCUCUGCUCCUGGCGGCAGUGACCACGGUGGAGUCCUCACAGGGCGACAAGGAGCCUGUUUACCGGGACUGUGUCAAGCAGUGUGUCCGCAUCAACUGCACCGGAGUCCGGUUGAAAGGCUUUGAGUCCACCCAGCCGCCCUACAUGGCGCUCACAGGCUGGACAUGCCGUGAUGACUGCCGUUAUCAGUGCAUGUGGACCACUGUGGGUCUUUAUGAGGCAGGGGGCUACAGGGUUCCUCAGUUUCAUGGCAAGUGGCCCUUCGCUCGUUUCUUGUGUUUUGAGGAGCCCGCCUCUGCCCUGGCAUCUCUGCUGAAUGGUCUGGCCUGCCUCCUCAUGCUUCUGCGCUAUCGCAGCACUGUGCCACGACAGAGCCCCAUGUACCACACCAUCAACGCCUUCUCACUGGUCUCUCUAAAUGCCUGGUUCUGGUCCACAAUUUUCCACACCCGGGACACAUAUCUUACUGAGAAAAUGGAUUAUUUCUGUGCGACAGCUGUCAUUCUCUACUCAAUUUACUUAUGCUGCGUCAGAACAUUGGGUCUGAAGCGGCCGGGGGUGUCCAGCAUGGUGGGCGUCCUGCUCAUUCUGGUUUUUACAUCACAUGUUUCCUACUUGACCUUUGUCAGUUUUGACUAUGGCUACAACAUGCUGGCUAAUGUUUCUAUUGGCAUGGUGAACCUGCUGUGGUGGCUGUGCUGGUGCUGGCAGAACCGGAGGACCCUGCCGUACUGGUGGAAGUGUGGCCUGGUGGUGCUGCUCCUCCAUGGGCUGGCUCUACUGGAGCUGCUUGACUUCCCCCCACUGCUCUGGGUGUUUGAUGCUCAUGCAGUCUGGCACCUCAGCACCAUCCCUGUUCACUUCCUCUUCUACAGCUUUCUUAUAGAUGACAGCCUGUACCUGCUAAACACAGAAAAGUUAGGAGUGAAAGUGGAGUAGAAGGAGUCUGCCCCCUCAUCAUCAUAUCCUAGCACCUUUUCAGUCACUGACACAAGACAGGUCCAUUGCUCCAGAUGAUGUGUGACACCUUUGAGACUUUCACUGGAGGAGAUACUGUUUACAUAAUUGAGUCAUGCCACAUUUAAUUGAAACAAUAUGUUGUAAAGGAUUUUUCAUCUAUUCUAAAAUGUAACACCUUCAAUUACAUCAUUUGACUACAUGCAAGUCCACUUCCAUCAGCUUCAGUGAGCAAUUAAGAAAAAGAUCAGCAGUUUGCUGUAGCUGACAAUAGAGGGCACCAGUUCCUUGCUAGUCCAUCCCUUGCAUCCCAUGCACUGUGCAGGAGCACAGCAUGAGCCAGGCUCCAGUGCCAAAAGUGGAGUGAGCACUGAGGGGUGCCCUUGUGAAGAGGGGGCAGUGGAUUGUUCCCGACAUUGGGGUAAAAGGGUUUAUGUUUGGAAGCGUUUCCAGCUGACUAGGUUUUUUUUUCUCCAUCGCACCUUUAUUUCUGUGCCUACAUUGUUUCCAUUGCUGCUUUGUCUUGUAUUCUUCAUCAUCAUUUACAACUUUAUUUUAACUUUUAUCCAAUGCCUUAAUUACUUUGCACAAUGUUUUAAUUGCAAUCUGCUUUCACUUGAAAGUACUGUAAAAGAUUGAUAUGCUUCAACCAGAUUGCCUUAUAGAGAGAGCGAAAGUAUCGUAGCUUUACAUUUAGCACAUCAUCAGUCACCUCGACACACUCUUUACUGCAACCAUAAAGCUGCUCUUUUUGAUCUCUUCCACCUGAAGCUGCUUACACCAAAUAUUCCACUUAAUAAUUCCUUUGUGCUUUUUUUUCUUUUCUACCCAUAACUUUGCCUUUUGAUUUUUUUCCUUGCCUUUUCUGACUUUCUCCAUAUUAAUUGUCCCCUUCAUUUUAAAUCCAUGCACUUACUUCAGCAUAUGUCUUCUCAGAGGUCCUUUCCAAUUGUGCACUUUAGGGGUGUGUGCCGUCUACAUGUACAUGCCUUUGUAUGACACUGUGAGAAUGUGAACAAUGAGCAGUAUGCAUGUAACCAUUGCCUUGACGCUGUUGUUUUUGCCAUCACAUGUUGAAACCCUGCAUCCCACACAGAUUGUACUGGAUCCCUUUGUAAUACCUCUGAUGUGGCAGAGUGGUUUGCUGCAUGACUGUGGCAAGGUAAAUUUAACAGUUGCUGACAGCCUGUGAAAGGGAUGGGGGAGACCAGAGGGGCCAAAAAGUGGACACUAAUUUGGGUCAAAACAAUUUCUUAAUUUUACAUAGAUUGAAACUAUACACUACCAUGCUCACUUGACAACAACUUGAUAACUAUAUCCAGUUAUCACACAGUCACAACCUAACCCCUGCUUGCUCCCCUGUGCACUUUCCUCUCAUAAAACCUGACCAAAAAGAUGGAACAAAUAAACUUUUACUGAUAAGAAUGUA